UAUGCACGUGGAGCUGGCUGCCGGCGUCGCGUGACCUGGCUGGCUGUGUUGGCGCAGGCCCAGUUCUGCCUGGCCGUCCUCGGCAUUGGAAGCAGCAGUAGGAACUGCGGGGAUUGUGGUGACCGGACAGGCCGGCCCGGCAGGCAGGCAGGCAGGCAGUUAGGCAGGCAUGGCCGGACCCACGCAGGAGAACAGCACGCUGCUACAUCUCUUCGCUGGAGGGUGUGGUGGGACGGUGGGCGCCAUUUUCACCUGUCCGCUGGAAGUCAUCAAGACGAGGCUGCAGUCUUCAAAACUGGCCUUCCGCACAGUCUACUACCCACAAGUCCAGCUGGGCACGAUCAGUGGCGAAGGAGUGGUCCGUCAGACGUCCGUCUCCCCGGGCCUCAUCCGGGUCCUGAAAUCCAUUUUGGAAAAGGAGGGGCCACGGUCGCUGUUCCGUGGGCUGGGGCCCAACCUGGUUGGAGUUGCACCAUCAAGGGCCGUCUAUUUUGCCUGCUACUCCAAAGCCAAGCAGCAGUUCAAUAACAUCUUUGUGCCGAACAGCAACAUCGUCCAUGUCUGCUCAGCAGGUUCUGCAGCCUUUAUCACAAACUCGCUGAUGAACCCCAUAUGGAUGGUGAAAACCAGGAUGCAGCUGGAAAGGAGAGUCAGAGGUUCGAAGCAGAUGAACGCGCUGCAAUGUGCUCGCUAUGUCUACCAGACAGAAGGAGUCCGCGGCUUCUAUCGGGGCCUGACUGCCUCCUACGCUGGGAUCUCUGAGACCAUCAUCUGCUUUGCAAUUUAUGAGAGUCUGAAGAAGCACGUGAGCGAGGUCCGGUUGGCCCCUUCUCCCGCUGGCGGGACAGAGCGGAACUCCACAAAUUUCUUCGGAUUGAUGGUUGCUGCUGCCAUUUCUAAAGGCUGCGCAUCGUGCAUUGCUUACCCACAUGAGGUUAUACGGACAAGACUACGGGAGGAAGGCACCAAGUACAAGACGUUUGUCCAGACAGCGCGGCUGGUGUUUCAGGAAGAGGGCUACUUGGCCUUCUACAGAGGACUCUUUGCCCAGCUCAUGCGGCAGAUCCCAAACACGGCUAUUGUCCUGUCUACCUACGAGUUAAUAGUGUACCUGUUAGAAGACCGAGUUAAGUAGCCGACCAAGACUUGAAUUAAAAAAGCACUCAGACAAACAAACAAAAAACUGUUAAAACUUCCACAGGCCAGUUUCUUCUCAAAGAGCCGUUUCAAACAGUCGGACAGGACUGGAGAGUUGGAAAAAUCAUGGAUCAUUUUGCUUGAUAACGCGCUCUCUUUUAAAAAUUUUAUUUUCUGCUCUCUUUCUUUAUUUUCCUCCUUAGGGGAUUCAUGCUUUCUGAAAGGUGUUGAUGUUUAAAUGUUAAUAGUUAAUUAUUACAUUUUUUUAACUUAAAAGAGACGAGGUUCAGAAAUUAAAAACGACAAAACUAAAUUAAAAUCACUAUUUAAUUUACAUAACACACCUUGGGUCGUUCAUCUAUUACCUCCACCCCCCACCCCAAUGAAGCAAAACUUGUUGGAUGGGAUGUUUGGAAGAAUUGUUGUUGUUGUUUAGUCGUUUAGUCGUGUCCGACUCUUCGUGACCCCAUGGACCAGAGCACGCCAGGCACUCCUGUCUUGCACUGCCUCCCGCAGUUUGGUCAAACUCAUGUCGUAGCUUCGAGAACACUGUCCAACCAUCUCGUCCUCUGUCGUCCCCUUCUCCUAGUGCCCUCAAUCUUUCCCAACAUCAGGGUCUUUUCCAAGGAUUCUUUUCUUCUCAUGAGGUGGCCAAAGUAUUGGAGCCUCAGCUUCACGAUCUGUCCUUCCAGGGAGCACUCAGGGCUGAUUUUCUUAAGAAUGGAUAGGUUUGAUCUUCUAGCAGUCCAUGGGACUCUCAAGAGUCUCCUCCAGCACCAUAAUUCAAAAGCAUCAAUUCUUCGGCGAUCAGCCUUCUUUAUGGUCCAGCUCUCACUUCCAUACAUCACUACUGGGAAAACCAUAGCUUUAACUAUACGGACCUUUGUCGGCAAGGUGAUGUCUCUGCUUUUUAAGAUGCUGUCUAGGUUUGUCAUUGCUUUUCUCCCAAGAAGCAGGCGUCUUUUAAUUUCGUGACUGCUGUCACCAUC